CGACGGCACCCAAAUACACAAGGAUCGGAUCACCACCGCCCUCACCCAAAUAGAAAUAGGGUGCUGGAGGCUGAGGUUGUGAUGUAUCACCCAAAUAGAAAUAGUGCGUUGGUGGAUUGGUUUGGUUGCCGGUAUGGCGAUACGCGGGCCGCUGUGCGCGCCAGUGCGGGUGACGACGGGUUCCUGCCUGCCUGCCAUCGUCUCAUUGAACGCCGGCCGUUGCUGUGGACCCGAACGAACGGAUCGCGAGUUCCCGUCGCAACGUGCCGCCACUCGCAAACGACGACCGAACAGACGGCGGCGUGGCCUGCGGGCAUGGCGGCACUGGGCCGCGAUCCAUAGCGUCGUGCACGGCGUGGGCCAGCCGCAGCUAUGCCUAUCUCGCCGCCGUCGUCGUCCCUCCCAGCGCACGUUUCUGACCCCGAGGCCCGAGCGAUGUGCUACGUACGGUGAUCACAGACACAGAGCAGGUCUCGAUCGUAGCUUUACGUACUCCCCACUCGCUGUUGUUCCUGUCAUCCCUUCCCUCCUGCUGCCUCUUGGUGAUCGGGCGGGCACGGCAUAUCAUAUGCAAGGUCAGAGCGUGAAAGAAAUCGUCUGAAAAAACAACUGCUUCUGUGCCUUAACUUGUUAGCCAGAAGGAUCCAGAAGAAAGAGCACUACCAAGGCUCGGCACGACGGCACCAUCCAUCGGCGUCACGAAACGAACCGUUCCAUCCCUCACCACCUGACGUGAAAGCACCGGAGCGAGCUCUUUUCUUUUUUUUUUCUUCCUCUUCUUCUCUGGGGCGCAGCCGUGCGGUAAUCAUCCUGGAGGCGACGGCGGGAGAGCUUUCGGGGUGCGGGCGGUGGGCGGUGGCGGCUUUUAGCCCUCCCCCGACCCCGAGUGCUGCUGUUGCCGGUUUCUGCUUCCAAGUUCCAAAGGGCCUUUCUAUCUAGGCAUGCAUGCCUUCUAUCUAUUCCUUCUCUGGUUGCUUCUUCUCCCGUGGCUGCUAGCUCUUCUCCACCCCUGCUUUUGUCAUCGCCACGGCUCCUCCAAGAUGAGUCAGAUGACGUGGGAGGCAGCCAGGCGUCGGUGCCUGCUUAUAUAGCUGCGUAUUCACAACACGCCACGGCAUCCUCCCCCUCCCUUCCUCUCCCUUCUCUUCUCUUCUUCACUUCACAGCACGAUCGAGCCAGUUGCAAUCACACAGACGAUGCCGACCAUCAUCGUCUCGGUGGACCUGGAAUGCAGCCGCUGCCGCGCCAAGAUCCAGAGGGUGCUCAACAGGAUCCAAGAGAAGGGCGAGUUCUGCAUCGAUGACAUCGACUUCGACGAGAAGAACAACAAGGUGAAGGUCACGGGGCCCUUCGACCCGGACAAGCUCGCCGACAAGCUGUGCUGCAAGGCGUGCAAGAUCAUCAAGCAGAUCGAGAUCGUCGAGCCCCCGCCCCCGCCGCCGCCCAAGCCCAAGGAGGAGCCGAAGAAGGAGGAGCAAGCCCCGCCGCCGCCGGAGAAGAAGGAGGAGGCCGCCCCGCCCCCGCCGGCGAAGGUGGAGCCGCCCAAGGAGGAGCCACCCAAGGAGAAGCCCCCGCCACCCAAGGAGGAGCCGCCCAAGGAGAAGCCACCCCCGCCCAAGGAGGAGAAGCCCGCCCCGGCACCGCCCAAGGAGGAGAAGCCCGCCCCGCCGCCGCCCAAGGUGGUGGAGGUCCCCUACCCGUGGCCGUACCCGUACCCGUACCCUGCGUGGCCGUCCGACUGCUGCUGCCACCACGGCCACGGCGGGUGCCACUGCUGCUCCUGCGGCAAGGCCCCCGAGCCGGCCCCGGCCCCCGCCCCGGCCCCACCCCCGCCGCAGUACUUCCCGCAGUACAUGCCCCAGCCGUACCCCUGCAACCCCUGCGGCGGCGGCUACCGGAUCGUCUGCGAGGAGGACCCCUCCUACGCCUGCGCCAUCAUGUGAUUCGUUUAUUAUCAAUAUCAUCCCUUGAUGAGUGUACCGUCCGUGUGCGUACCAUGGCCUUAAUUACCAUUAUACCCAACCCCACCCUAAAAAAAACCCCAGUACGUCGUCUCAUCAUCAUUCCGUACCUCCUCCUGUAUAAUCGCCGUACAGAUUCAUCAUAUAUAUACUCUAUACAUAUAUAGCAUCAUGUAUACACCGCCGUACCCCCUGUCAUCUCUUUAUGUAGAUUGUGCAUUAUGUUCUGCGCGCUUCGUUUUGGUAAUUACAGUAUAUGCCAGUCAGGCUAAGUGAGAGAAUAAAAUAAGCAAUGAUGCUGUUGUUUUUUUUUUCUUCUGUGUGUGUAAAGAAAAAGGGCAAGGUGAGAGAGUUCAUCCGUUGAUGGCAGCAGAAAUGUCCUACCUUGCACACCAGCAUCCCUUUCUUUAUGUUGCACCCAGGGAAAAAAAAAUAAACAGUUGCUUUUAUCAA